GAAGCGGAAGCGGGAGGCGGCCGGUGGGGAGGCGGUGGCGGCGCGGGGCGGCCCCGCCGAGGAUGCUGCGGCUGCGCUGCAAGGCCCGGAGCGGCACCCACCCGCUGCCCGGCCUCACGGCCCACUCCCGCCUCCGCGACAUGCAGGCCGCCCUGGCCGCCCUCACCGGCGUCCCUGUCCCGGCCCAGCGCCUCCUUCUCGGUUUCCCGCCGCGGAGCCUGGACCUCAGCGACGGCGAGCGGCGGCUGGGCGACCUCGGGAUCCACUCGGGUGACACGCUGAUAGUUGAAGAGGAUACGUCCAAACCCAAGACUGACUCACCUGUAGUUGCAAAAAGAACGAUGUCUAACUCGGUUAGGGAAGCUGUGCCUGUGCUGGCAAGGAGGGUUGUACCGGCAGAUAACUCCUGUCUCUUCACCAGUGUGUACUAUGUGGUGGAGGGAGGUGUUUACGACCCGGGUUGCGCUCCAGAGAUGCGCAGUCUUAUAGCCCAAAUAGUAGCGAGCGACCCGGAAUCAUACUGUGAGGCAGUUCUAGGGAAAACUAACAGGGAGUAUUGUGACUGGAUCAGAAGAGAAGAGACUUGGGGAGGAGCCAUCGAAGUGUCCAUUUUAUCCAAAUUCUACCAGUGCGAAAUCUGCGUGGUGGAUACGCAGACAGUCAGAAUCGACCGUUUUGGGGAAGAUGCCGGUUACACUAAGCGGGUCCUUUUAAUUUAUGAUGGGAUUCAUUAUGAUCCACUUGAGCGUAAAAUCCCUGACUCGGACAUUCCUCCCCAGACAAUUUUCUCCACGGCUGAUGAUAUUGUUCUUGCACAAGCAUUGGAAUUGGCAGACGAAGCCAGACGGAAGAGGCAGUUUACCGAUGUGAAUCACUUCACGCUGAGGUGCAUGGUGUGCCAGAAGGGACUAACUGGACAAGUGGAAGCCAGAGAACACGCCAAGGAGACCGGACACACCAACUUCGGCGAAGUCUGACAUAGACAUGAGGAUGGUUACAUCGACUACCUCACUGAUCCAGAAUAAAAUUCUGGAUUUCCAGAUAAGCUGUAUGUAAUCAUAAAAUUCCGUUCACAAAGCUUGAAAAGCAUAUUAACAUAAUGAUGGCCAAGAUGCACAGGUUUGCUAUAGUUAGUGACUUUUCCGAUGGAUUUGGAAUAGGUAUCUUCUCGCAUGCUAAUUUAUAGUACUUUGGCAGGUGGUAUACACUGGCAGCUAAAACCCGAUUUCUAAAAUAAUCUCACUCUGUGUGUGAUCUGAGCAGACAUACAAAAUCAGGCUUGUUCAACAGUAGUGUAAAAUCCAGCCUCAAAGUUGCUGAAUUGGUCUCUCUGUAUUAUGUUUUCAGGGUAAUUAAACUAAUUGAAGGGUUUGAGAAACACACGUAUCAGCAUUACUUAUACUAAGAGUUAGGCUGCACACACGAGCAAGUCUUGCAAGGGAAACUGCUCAUUUGGUGCGUGAUUUUUAAUGCAAAGAGAAUCUCCAAAGCUGCCCUAUACUAUGUUACCAUCAGAAGUAGACUGUAUUGUUUGUGUGAAGUCAUGGCUUUAGAGAAAGAAAUGGCCUCUAAGCUUUAAGAUAGCCUACUUUAAUGAGUAGAUGGUUAAGUGUUGAAUAAACUUAUUAAUCCUCUGUAGGUAGUUUUUAGUUGCUUGAAAAAUAACUAUCAACGCCCCACCCCCCUGGUGUUUACUGCAUCAGAACUUAGGCAUGUUUCUUGAAAUACUUUGGAUUCUUCUUCAUAAUAGUAUCUGAAAUUCUGGCAAGAGGGAAAUACAGUAGUUAGGCAAGUGACUUAAUUUACAUCUGUUAAAUACAUUUAAGCAGACUUUACUUGGGUAUAGCCGAUAUCACGGUCACAAUGUUACUAAGCUGUACCGGAUUCCAAAUACUGAAAAUUAGCACUUUAAGGUGGUAUAGUUCUCGCUCUUUGCUGGUAAAAAGUUUUGCCCUCUUGAGAAGGACAGAGUGCUAACCCAGAAGGGAGGCUUGAAGUUUUUUCAUCUGCAUUCUGCCUUAAUGUGUUUGAUUUGUCACCGAUGACUGUUCAGUAGCAAGACUUUAAUUCUGAUAAUGAAGGGUGCAGUUGAAUUUUCAGAGCAAAAUAAGCUACGUAAACUGCCCUACUUUUCGUACUGUUCAGAAUCGGGGAAGCUGAAAUGGGUUUAAUAUAUCUUACCUCACAGCAGGGUUGUGGGGCUUAACAGUAAGUGCUUUUGAGGUCUUUUAAAAGGUGCUGUAAAGGUGCAUAUUACUGAAGGGGAUUUUUUUUUUCUUUGUUGAAAUGCCUGCAACACAUACUUGUUUUAUUGAAUUUAAAAAUAUUUUUAGCCUGCUCUUCUGAUGCUGUUUUGUGUUACCUUCCUUGCACUCUUACAAAUGGGGAGCAAGAAUGCACAUCUUCAGACUGAGGCAGAAAGAAACCCACUCUCCAAGUGGAACCUAAGACCUAGUUUUAAAAGCUUCCAUUUGUUAAGGCAUCUGGCCAAACUCCUGGUGCAGCAAAACCUUCUUUUCUCUAAAAAACACCUUUCACUGAAGUUCUCAGCAGAGGUUCCCAAUUGGACCUUGACAUACUUACUGGGUCUUACUGAAGAAGGAACAUAAUUACAUAAGAGCUUUGCUGAACUGAGGCAUGAAUAAUUAAACAUAAAGAGUAGGAUCACCCAGAGUACUAUGGACCAGGUUUCUUUUAAAUUCAGUAUUAAAAUACGCAUUAGCACUGUUGGGAGCUCCCUAUAGAAAGCCGCUUAGCUCCCAGUGUUAAAUCCCACUUUGCUUUUAGCUUAUCAUUAGAAAAAAAAAAAAAGACAAAAAAACCCUGACAUUAAAAUCAGCCUUCUGGACGCUGAUGUUUAUAAACCUAAAGAAAUACCUGACAGUUCAAAAGAACUUGAAGAUUACACUGUGUUAUAACUACUUGAGAUGAAAUGCUGUCUAGGAAUGAGACCAAGAGACUGUCAACCCUAAGUUGUACUCUCAGCUUUCACACUGAAGCGGUGAGAUGCCUUGGACAAGGAGCUGAUCCUCACCACUUACCACCUGUAACAUGGACAUAAUACCUACCUCAGAGAGGUGUACAAGACACCUUUGGGUGUCUUUGAAGCAGAAGUGAAAGAUACGUAUUUAUUGUCUGCCAUGUUUGCAAAUGCAUCGACUUUAGGGGAGCAACACUUAGAUUUUAGCUUUGUAACCUGGAUGGAUUUCUGAAAGUGUGUAUAAAAAUUUUUUUGGUAUUUCUCAGUUGCAGUAGUUUUAAAAUUAGCUUUAUUUAAUCCAGAGCAUUUAGCUUGGCUACAUCGCAUUUGCAUUGGAAAUCUGCUAACAGAUAAUCAGCUCCGUUUGAAGGGGGAUGUGUCAAUGUCACUGCUUGGAUGUUUUCUUUUGUUGCCUAGAAAAUAAAAUCUCUUUGGUUAAAAAAUGUCGACUGAACUGCUGUAAUUCAUCUUUGUAAAAGUUGAUAGUGUUACACACUGGCAAACUCUUUCAAAGAACAAGUAACCUAUGGUACUGACCAUGAGUUGGAAAACCUUAUCUGAUCCUCCUCAACUCUCCCAAACAGAAAGUACCUACAUUAUUUAAAAUGUAAGAUAUGGAUACAUUUAAAGUACACCUCUGUUUCUUUUUUAAAUGUAAAUAUGAGGGGGUUUUUAAGUACCUUUCAACCAGUGUUUGCCUGCCCUUAAUGAUACAGUUAUGGAAGCAUCAGAAAAAUGAUGUCCUGGUACUAUUAGGAUCAACCUCUGAACAACAUUUCAGUGAUACAUUUGUACUGAACUGUUAUUAAUUGUACAGCAAGAUGUGAGUUACAAGUAUUUUGGAAUAGGUGUCGUGGGACAUGGGCUCAGGUAUGGGAGGGGAUAGCGUCACAUGUCCAGAACAAUCCAGAAAGCCUGUGAGGUACAGGCUGAUGUCCAUCCCAUUGCUCCUGUUCCCAUACAAAUUUAAAAUAAGCAUUAAAUUCCUUGCUGAGUGCUUCAGCACAGAGGUCAGUAACUAAACAGGUCCUGGAAACAAGUUUGCCUUGGAGGUACACUUGCCAAAAGCUGGGUUCUUGGUAUUGUUUUACCAAUCUCCAUAGUUCUGGAUUUUCAGUUACAUAAAGAAUUCUAGUUUCCUGGUGCCACUCUGGCUGUUUCACCAGCACUCAAUUCCUUCUUUAAUUAAAGAAGAGCCUAGCAUGCUCUAAUCACGUGGCCUUUCGCAGAUGUGUUCUGUUGUAUGAAGAGAUACGCGCCAUCUCGUGCUUAUAACAGCACUUUAAAAGCUUGUCCAAGUUUACGUGUUGAGCAGAUGUCGAGCAAGGACUUUCACCGAUGUAGGCAGCCCGUGUUCCCACUGCAGUAAAACCAGUGGCGUUGGCAAAUGUUUCUAGCAAUCUUCGUUCCCAAUGUAAUCCGGUGGUAUAGUGUUCUGGCUUGUGUAUCAUCGGUGCAGACCAGUCGGUAUAACGUAUUUCCUGAAACACGUGCCCUGAAUUGCAAAAUUGUUGAUGCACCAAUAAACGUGACUGAUGCAUG